AUGGAAGCUACGCCGCGGUGGGAAGGAGAUGGCCGUUGGGGCGAGGGUGCCGCCGGCAACAUCUCCGUCAACGCGGCAUUGGAGGAAUUUCACGAUCUCGAGAAGGAAUUAUCAACAUUACAGCGUCGCCAUUCUACCGCAACCCGCCCCACGCAGCCGAAAGGCAACCAUGCCGGCGAGAGCGACUCGACCAUCGCACCGACCGAGUCCGGCGACAACUCAUUCGAUCUCCCCGACUUUCUUAGACGAGGCAUUAUGGACAUGCGCACACCAACGGGAGGACCUACGAAGAAGCUUGGAGUUUCCUUCAAGAAUCUGACUGUGAAGGGCAUCGAAUCUUCGACAAAGCAGGCCGUCACGUUUCCGCGAGAUCUCCUCAACACAUUCGGCCCCGACUUGUACCACUUCAUCACCGGUUUCUUUCCGAUGUUGAAGAUUCACAAGGAGCCUACCGUAGACCUCAUCAGGAACAUGACGGGAACAGUACGACACGGCGAGAUUAUGUUGGUACUCGGAAGGCCAGGCUCAGGCUGUUCGACGUUUCUUAAGACCAUCGCCAAUCAACGAGAUGAGUACGCCGAGGUCGACGGCGAGGUGUUCUAUGGCGCCAUUCCAGCUGAGGACCAGUUGCGCCUCUUCCGCGGUGAGGUCGUAUAUUGCGAGGAAGACGAUCGCCAUUUCCCAUCUCUCACCGUUUGGCAGACCCUGUGGUUUGCGCUGAAGAACAAGACCAGGAAAAGGGAACAGUGGACGAUACCCAUCAUUCUCGAUUCACUCAUGCAAAUGUUUGGUAUCGAGCACACGAAAGACACGCUUGUGUCUCGGGAGGUGAACGGAAGCGUCACAGCCCUCAGCUUCGCCAAGUCCCUGCGGGUUUACACCGAUGUCAGCGGCCGGACAACACUCGUUACCCUCUAUCAGGCCGGCGAGUCCAUCUAUGAGCUGAUGGACAAGGUUCUGGUGAUCGACGAUGGGCGGAUGCUGUUUCAGGGGCCAGCCAACGAGGCCAAGAAGUACUUCGAAGACAUGGGAUAUCUGUGUCCCCCGAGACAAACAACGGCAGACUUCCUAACAUCGAUCGCCGACAAGAACGCCCGCCAUUUCCAGCCCGGUCGCGAGGAGACAGCUCCCAAGACGCCCGAAGAGCUCGAGCAAGCAUUCAAAAAUAGCCAGCAUUACCAACGCCUACUAGAAGACGUCGAGGAGUACGAAAGGGACAGCAAAUCAGCCAACAAUGAGAAGCAUCGCAUGUUUGAGGCGACUGUCAAGGAGGCCAAGAGCAAGACCGUGAUCGGCGACUCCGUUUACACCGUCUCAUUCCUGAAGCAAGUCGCGGCGUGCACCAAACGACAAGCCUGGCUGCUCUGGGGAGAUCGCAGCUCCUUCUACACCAAACUCAUCAUUAUCAUCGCCAACAGUCUCAUCGUCUCGUCGCUCUUUUACGGAUCAGGCCAGGGCACAUCCUCCGUCUUCGCACGAGGCGGCGUUGCCUUCUUCUCCAUAGCUUUCAUCGGCUGGCUUCAAUUCGCUGAACUUCUUCCCGCGGUUUCUGGACGGACGACGAUCGAAAGGCAGCGAGUCUUCGCGUUCUAUCGGCCAUCUGCUGUCGUAAUUGCGCGGAUGGUCCUCGACUUCCCGCUCAUUCUCAUCAUGACGAUUCUGUUCAGCAUUCCAGUCUACUUCCUCGCGCAAUUCGAUGUCGAUGCAGCCAAGUUCUGGAUUUACACUCUCAUUGUGUACACGGCCACCUUCUGUCUCACGACGAUGUAUCGAAUGUUCGCAUCACUGUCAUCUACCGUCGACGACGCCGUUCGUUUCGUCGGAGUCAUGCUGAACAUCCUAUUCAUCUUCACCGGAUACGUCAUUCCGAAACCCGCUCUACUCAACGACGCCAUCUGGUUUGGCUGGAUCUACUACAUCAACCCAGUCGCCUAUGGAUUCGAAGCGCUUCAGACGAACGAGUUCUUUGGUCGAGAGCUGCCGUGCAGCGAAUCCCAACUUGUCCCCAGAGGGCCUGGCUCAGAUCCGAGAUAUCAAGGUUGCAGUCUCCCUGGCUCGACACUGGGAAGCACCGUUGUCAGCGGCCCUGCAUAUAUGCAGGCCUCCUUUGAAUAUUCAAGAUCGAACCUCUGGCGCAACUUCGGUAUCAUGAUCGCCUUCACCAUCUUCUUCCUCCUCGUCACGGUCGUCGCCGUCGACACCAUCAAGUUCAAGGGAUCAGGUGCGCAGUCCCUCAUCUUUGCGAAGCGUCCGGGUGCAAAGAAAGAGGUACAAGAGAAAGACCAGUUGAAGGAGGAAGACUUUGAGCCCAUCGGCGAUGGCAAGAGCAUCUUUACCUUCAAGGACAUCAACUACACGGUGCCUUAUGGCAACGGCAAGCGACAACUUCUCAACGGCGUGUGCGGAUACGCCAAACCGGGGAAGAUGAUCGCGCUCAUGGGCAGCUCGGGUGCCGGCAAGACGACACUUCUCAACACCAUUGCCCAGAGGCAGAAGAUUGGGGUUGUCUCCGGGGAGAUGCUGAUCAACGGAACGCCGCUGGGUGCUGAGUUCCAACGGGGCACCGGGUUCUGCGAGCAGAGAGACAUUCACGAGGGGACGGCCACGAUUCGCGAAGCUUUGGAGUUUUCGGCUCUUCUCCGACAAGAGCGCACAAUUCCCCGGCAGGAGAAGAUUGCCUACGUCGAUCGUAUCAUUCACCUGCUGGAACUCAGCGAUCUCGAAAACGCCCUCAUUUCCUCGCUGACGGUCGAGCAACGCAAGCGAGUCACCAUCGGAGUCGAACUGGCUGCUAAGCCGAGUCUUUUGCUGUUCCUGGAUGAGCCGACGAGUGGCCUCGAUAGUCAGUCCGCGUACUCUAUUGUUCGCUUCCUGCGUAAGCUUUGCGAUGCCGGACAAGCCAUCAUCUGCACCAUCCACCAGCCUUCUUCCGAUCUGAUCGAGCAAUUCGACAUGAUUCUCGCCUUGAACCGGGGCGGAAACACCUUCUACUUCGGUCCCGUCGGCUCCAAUGGCUCCGUAGUUGUCGACUACUUCGCCCAACGCGGAUUCCCCUGCCCUCCCAGCCGAAACGUUGCAGAGUUCAUUCUAGAGACGGCAUCGCGUCCGUCUAUGAAGGAUGGCAAGCGCAUCGAUUGGAACGAGGAGUGGCUCAAGUCGGAUGAGCACCGGGCCAUCGUCGCUGAGAUUGACCAGAUCACAGCCGAGAGGCAAGGCCCUUCGAACACCUCUUCAGCUCCGACCGAGUUUGCCUCAUCGACGGCUUAUCAGUGCUAUCUUCUGACCAAGCGCAUGUUCGUCCAACACUGGAGGGAGCCUCAGUACAUGUACAGCCGUUUCUUCGUCCACACCAUCAUGGGCAUCUUCAACGGAUUCACUUUCUGGAUGCUAGGAAACGACAUCGCCAGCAUGCAAAACCGCAUGUUCUCCUCCAUCAUCCUCAUCUUCUUCAUCCCUCCAACGGUCGUGAACUCGGUUGUCCUGAAGUUCUUCCAGAACCGAGACCUCUGGGAAGACCGGGAGCUGCCGAGUCGGACUUAUGGCUGGGUGGCCUUCUGCACCGCGAACGUGGUCUGCGAGAUCCCGAUGGCUAUUGCAUCAGGCACCAUCUACUGGCUCUUGUGGUACUUCCCCGUCGGCUUCCCCGCGACCGCGUCCAUCUCUGGUUACACGUUCUUGAUGACGAUUGUCUGGUCGCUGUUCCAGUCUUCCUGGGGGCAAUGGAUCUCAGCAUUCGGGCCGUCGUACUCCACGGUGUCCAACAUCCUGCCUUUCUUCUUCGUCAUGGUCGCGCUCUUCAACGGAAUCCUGGUCCCCUUCGACUCGAUGCCCGUGUUCUGGCGGUACUGGAUGUACUUCAUCAACCCGACGACCUGGUUCUCCCGAGGCGUCCUCUCGGCCGUCCUCCCCGCAGCCGCGGUGCGAUGCGCGCCCACGGAAUUCGCGCGCUUCAACCCGCCGCCCGGCUCGACGUGCGGCGACUAUGCCCGCAGAUUCGUGACCGAAGUCGCGGGGACGGGAUACCUCGAGAACCCCGACGCGACGUCGAACUGCGGGUACUGCCCGUACAGCAACGGAGGCGAGUACAUGCGCACGCUCAACGUGUACCUCACCGACAAGUGGCCUGCGUUUGGCAUUCUGGUCGCGUUCGCGAUCGCGAACUGGGCUCUGGUCUACUUGUUUGUGUACGCGGUGAGAAUUCGGGGAUGGACUUUUGGGAUUGCGACCGUUGCGAAGGCGGGAUCGAUGGUGAUGGAGAAGGUGAGGGGCGGGAAUGCUGAGGAGGCGGCGGAGCGGAUCUGA